GCACGUAACUGUAAACAUGCCAGUCGUCAUGUAGGAGUGGUCGGGGUAUGGCCUGUCUUCUCAGUGACCCAACAGAGAAAGACAAGUGCAUCUGUUGGACCGCUUAUAAAUCCUUUGAAACAUCGUGAACAGGAACCUAAUAUCAUUUUCUUCCAUACAAAAGAAUCAACUUUUACCGAACAGGAUAGAAAGAAGAAGCGUUUAGUACUUCGGGAAUUUGAUACGUGUGUGUCUGCAUUACGUAACACUGAGGGUGGUAUUUUGUUUAUUCACAUUACUGACCGAACAAAUAACGAUAGCAACCUAUCAGAAUUUGACCAGUUUGUUGACAAAAGUUUGAAAAGUUUGAUUGCUGAUGGUUGUUCAUUUGUGGAGUCCUACUCUCGAGAGUGGUUCUGUCUUCAACAAGGUAUCCUGAUUUUAACGGUUGCCAAAGGAUCGUGUGUGUCCUCUGUGAGUCUCAACACCAAGGUGUGCUCAGAUCAUGAAAUUGAGUUUCCGUCAACGUUUGAACUGAUUACAUUUGUUUCAAAAGGACAACUUGAAGAGAGUGAAGCCACAGUGAGACCAGAGCAUCGGCAUUUCCACGAGAAUAGCCGAGACUGGGUGGAGGACAGACACAUUCAAAUAAAAACCUUUCAUGAACCCACCUUUCGUACGUAUUGUGAAGGACACACAGACAAUUCGUGGGAAGAGAACUUUGUUGACUACGUUUGGAAUAACCUACGUUUUCAGGAAUACCUAUCAGGUAUGUCCAAAGUGCCACGUGGUGGCUCAUAUUAUGUUGGAAUAACUGAGUGGAAAAUAGGCAGGUAUAUAACGAAGGUAUUUGUUGGCUGUGGCAACUGCCUGCUGUAUUACUAGGUACACCUUGACUUGGAUGCUUUGUAUGGUAUUUGGAACAGCUUCAUAAACAUUACAGUUCUUUUAUGGUGUAAAGUGAUUGGAUCCUGACUACAAUGAGUGAUUCAGAUUCCUACCUGUCUUAUCCAUCGGACGAAGAAGACAUGCCUUGCUGUCCCUUUGACCUGGACCCCAUGAGUUCAGAAUCAUCUGAUGAAAGUCCCGACAAUGUGUCAAUCAAAGUUCUAAAGGGGCAAGCGGAUGCACAUUUCGAAAAUCCUGAUACGAGUUACUUGGAGAAAUUGCAGUCAAGACAAGAAGAUGACUGUGUGUUUUUCCCACUGAAGCUGGAAAUCUACCUAUCAGACAAUCAUCAGUGUAUAAUUGAUGGUUUGAAGGGUUUGGGUUAUGACCAGUCGUUCGUGUACAUCGGGAGGUCUCUUGUUGUCAGCCUGAACGUGGACAAUGACAGAAUCAAAGUACCAAAGCAGCUUAUUUGCGAUACCAUCAUAUUUGCACACAACAGACCUGUUACUGUUCUCAGUUUUGUGAGAACGAAUGACAAACCAGAGAAGUAUGCCUUGUACAAUUCACUUCUAUCGAGGCACAUUACAAAGAUCAUGCGGACAUCACUGCACGAAAAUAUCAGCGUCAUAAGUGGAGUUGUUGAAGAGCAAGGUGAAAUCAAGAAAAGAAUUGAAGAGUUUGAAGACAGGGCAACAUUAUUUAGCAUAGCAGGACCCCACCAAAUGAACGAAUCACGGAGUAGAGCUGCAGCAACAUCAAUCCUACAGGCAGCCGCUGAAUGUAAAGCAGCAUCUUUGAUAGACAUGGGAUCUGAAAAGGAAGGCGCUGUCUACAUGUUGAGUAAACUGGAAUUUGAAGAGAUGGUUGAUGUGAUUAACGAUGCAGGUGUUCUUUCCCAGAACUCCAUCACUUUUCAGAACAUUCUGGUGGCUCUAGAAUCACUCUGUAGACUCUCUAAGGUGUGCGCGAUUCGAGUUCAUUUUCAGGAACUCACUGAAUAUAUGUCUGAAGAUCAACACACGGUCUUGAGGAAACACUAUCCAAAUUUGGAUAUUGGACCUAGAAUGCAAGGCUAUGGUACAGUCCUUGAGUCAAGUCUUCCGGUAGCAAGUGACAAAGACUCGCUGAAUAGUGAGGGAAGCGUGUCAGUUUCAGACCACAACACUGAACUUGUGUACUUGUUGACGAGGAAAGUUGUGCCUUCACCUCAGAAGGGAAAUCUUGCCAUCAGCUCAGCAAACGCAGUGGAGUUUCAGUAUCAGAUUACGAGUCAAUCGUUUCGAAAAUCAAGAAAUGUGGUUAUCUUCAAGUCCAUGCAACAUGUUCGCGCCAAACCCAUCCCAGGAAAGAUAAAGCGAGCUCAGUCAAUGUUGGAAAGAUAUCAAUUCACAAUUGAUGAAUGGCACUUCAUGUGAAGACUGUACUCAACUGCAGUAUGAGUAGCAGCCCUUCGUCUUCUCCUGGGUCAACAGAUAUCUACCACUAUACAGCAUAAAAGACAAACAUCCACCAAGAACAUCGAUGUCCUUUGGAUACAGGAAAGGCCGAUGGUGUUUAAAUUCCACUCCAGGGAAUGACCUUUGAAAACAUUUCAUACAUGUAGCAUCAUGUUGAUUCGUCUCAGUUUUCAAGAAUGUAGUGAUAGUACUCGAAACUUCGGACUUGAUUCGUAUCAGGAAGUGAUAUAGAGAUCUGUCAUGGGUUUUCACUUUGGCUGGCGGUCAGAAGAAUUUGAAGUAUUAACAAUCAAACUUAACACACACUUGAAAGACCUUUGAAAAUAUCAGGACCAGACUAGAAUAUUUUAAUGAAAUACUUACAAACCUGCGAAAGGGAAGACUAACUUUGAUAGGUAAAUGUGUAACAAUAAUAAAGACCCUAGCUGGAAGUCAUAUAUAGCCUAAACCGAACUUUCUUCAAUUUUAUAUGGAAUACAAAGGAACUAAAAACCAACGAUCUAACUUGAUACGGACCAUAGAGAAGGUUGGCGUUGUAUUUAUGAGACAAAUUCGUGUAACCGGAAAUCAAAUGAUGACAACUGUAACAGGGAAUGGUUGGGACCGACAGGUACUUCGAGUUAUGCAUAAUAUUCAAUUCGAGACGCCGGCAUCCGACUCAUCGGGAUUUGACCGAAUCAAACUUAAGAUGCAGCCUUCGAAACCUAAUAUUGAAAGUCCAAAGAACUCAAUUAUAUACAUCCUCUAGUGGCUAACAUUAAUCAAAUAAAUAAAGUCAGGUUGAUAAUCCUUACUGGAAUAAAAUGAUUGAUAUUUGGAAUAUAUCUUAUAGAGAACACUAUAUUUACCCUAGACACAUGUAUGAUGUUUGAACUCAUAUGGCUUAAUCACAAUUCCGCAACUGAUGUCAGUUUAUACAAAACUGGUAUAACAAAGAUAGUGAUAAAAAUACUUGUUGUUCUUCCUGUUUCACUAGGGGAUUGAAAUAAAAGUAUUCUAUUGUAACUGGAAUAAACGGUAACAUCUUAGAAAUGAUUAGCUAAUAAAAAGUUUUGGCUGGUUUUCCGUUAAGCUAUUGGUAAUUGAUGACUUUGCAGCUGUAUGUAAUAAGUGGGAAAUAUGUGCAGACAUUCCAUUUAAAAACAAUUCCUUUAGUAUAUCAUAGUGAUUCAUAAACAUAUGCUCUGUCAUCGUAUCUCAUGGUGACAGUCACUGGAUUGUCUGGUUCACACCCGAUUUGUUUACAAACACCAUCAUACAACUGUAAUACUGCUGAAACAAUUGUACAGUCGAUUUCUUAAGAAUGGUGAAAGGGUUUUGUCUCUCCUACUUAGUAUAGAAACUGUACAAAGGAUGUGAUGUUACUGGAAUUCCAAUUCAAAGCUUUUUACAUUGGAAUAACUUAGGUAAUAGAGACAAUGUCUUUGGUGUAUUUCUUGGACGCGAACAUGGUAAACACUCCAGGACUCAACCGGGUCCAAUCACAUCACACUGGCCGCAAAGAGAGAAAUAUUAAUAUUAGGUAUAAGAAACAAAUGCCAACCUGUUGAUAUAUACAAAGUAGAAAAACCAAUUUUAUUAUGCUAAUUUGAAUCCAUAUGUAUAGAAUGAAGAAUUAUACACAUAUGUUAACUCUACCACCUACUAUUUUAUCCAAAUAUUUAAAACCCUUUUAGAUUUAUUUUAUUCACACCAUAGCAUCCAGUUCUUUAUUUAUAGGUUCAAUUAAUCACCGACAUAUUGAUGUAAUGUGAUGUGAUGUGAUGUGAUGUGAUGUGAUGUGAUUCUUGUUGAUGUAGUUAUUGCUUUUAUUAUUGAUAUAUUACUUAGUUACAUGCACAGAUAAACAUGCACAGAAAAACUGCUUAUGAUUUCGUAAUGCUUGACUUAGUAUUCAUUUAUUCAGUUAUCCAAGUUUUCGACUACUAAUAUGAUUAUUUUACACAUUAUCGUAUUUCUCUAACUACCCUUUGAUCUAAAUACCUAAGCGCUUAUAAAGUUACAUAUUUGGUUAACAAUGUAAUACCUUGAUGCUUAUGAAAGCUUGUUUAAUGUGACUUUUAUCCCAAUAUAUAAAACGUUUUAGAUUAACAGCAGGGUCUUAAUUUUAUUCACACCAUAACAUCCUGUUCUUUAUUCAUAGAUUCAAUUAAUCACCGACAUAUUGAUGUGAUGUGAUGUGAUGUGAUCUGGUUGGCUGGUUGUUGACUGAUUGAUAUGUUUAGAUGUAUUUGGUGUGUUUUUUAUCGAUUAAUUAUAUUUUUUUGUAUUAAUUUCUUUUCUUGUUGAUGUAGUUAUUGCUUCUAUUAUUCAUUUAUUUAUUAGUUACAUGCACAGAUAAACAUACACAGAUUCAGUUAUUCAGUUAUCCAAGUUUUCGACUUAUCUAUCGAUUUACCCACCGAAUUGUCUAUAUCUUUAUACACCCAUCCACUAAGUCAGUCCACAUACAGACUCCCUUUACUUAACUACCCAACUGUACUAAUAUGAUUAUUUUACAUAAUAUCGUAUUUCUCUAACUACCCUAUGAUCUAAAUACCUAAGCGCUUAUAAAGUUACAUAUUUGGUUAACAAUGUAAUACCUUGCUGCUUAUGAAAGCUUGUUUAAUGUGACUUUUAUCCCAAUAUAUAAAACGUUUUAGAUUAACAGCAGGGUCUUAAUUUUAUUCACACCAUAACAUCCAGGGCCCUUAUUCUCGAAACGUUCGUAGCCCUAAGAACUCUUAACUCUGAUCGUAGCCAAUGUGUUAAGAAUGUGAUUAAGAAGUUCUUAGGACUACGAACGUUUCGAGAAUAGCUAGCCUGUUCUUUAUUCAUAGAUUCAAUUAAUCACCGAUAUAUUGAUGUGAUGUGAUGUGAUGUGAUGUGAUGUGACCUGGUUGGUUGGUUGUUGACUGAUUGAUAUGUGUAGAUGUAUUUGGUGGUGAUUUUAUCGAUUAAUUAUUUUUGUAUUAAUUUCUUUUCUUGUUGAUGUGUUAUUGCUUUAUUAUUCAUUUAUUAAUUAGUUACAUGCCCAGAUAAACAUACACAGAUUCAGUUAUUCAGUUAUCCAAGUUUUCGACUUAUCUAUCGAUUUACCCACCGAAUUGUCUAUAUCUUUAUACACCCAUCCACUAAGUCAGUCCACAUACAGACUCCCUUUACUUAACUACCCAACUGUACUAAGAUGAUCAUUUUACAUAAUAUCGUAAUUCUCUAACUAUCCUAUGAUCUAAAUACCUAAGCGCUUAUAAAAUUACAUAUUUGGUUAACAAUGUAAUCACUUGCUGCUUAUGAAAGCUUGUUAAAUGUGACCUGCCUAUUGAAAUGUGAAUAAAAAGUGCUUAAAAGAACAAUUUGUUGUGCUGUGUUUUAUCAUAUUACUUAGGAGACAGUAUGGAAUUGUCAAAUGGUAUAUGGAUAGGUUACUGAUAAUCAAACAAAAUAUACCUUCAACAAAAUUCUGACAAAGUGGCAAAUACUAGAGAUAAAUUCCUGAAACAUAAACUGGUUUCAGUAAAGGCUAUUCUACUGCUAACCAUAAUUGUAGUUUUUAUGCCACUGUUUAGAUGUAUAUGGUAAGAAGGAAACGUACAUUAUAUGGAACAUUUAUUGUCUUUAAGAAAGCCAUUGACUCUGUAAAUCGACAGAAACUAUGGGCGUGUUUAUGAUAGGCAGGAUUGGAUUAUUGUCUGUGUUAUAAGGUAUCUGUGUGUGCGUAAAAGAUUGUGUACGUUGUUUGGGAGAAUUUACUGACUAUUUUGUUUGCCCAUUGGUGUUAUACAAGAAGGUGUGUUGAGUCCUAUUCUUUUUUCCUCCUUUGUCAGUGAGUUAGAAAUGGAAUAAGCUAUAAAGGCACACAUGUUGUAUAGGUAUAUUCUCAUAUUUUGGAGAUUUUAAUGUUACUGUUUGCUGACGAUGUGGUGGGUUUACUGAAUCAAUUUUAGAGAAUUAAUCGAAUGAAUGGCAAUUAAAUGUCAUACUUGAUAAGUCAAAUAUUGUUGUAUUUAGAAGGGGUAGACGACUCGCUAGUUACGUUCAGUGGUUCUGCAA